UGUAGGGACGGGAAUCUCUCAUUUCUGAGAACUGCACUCACCUUUUAACCUGGCAAACGGAAUCUGCUCUUGACAGACGGAAAACAGGGCGUAGGCUAUAUGCUCACAUAUACUGAUAGGGAGAAAAUCCGAGCCAUCUGACGUGGAAGGAUUUAUAGGUUUAGACGAAAUUGCUUUCCCGACAGUGAGAUCAAAUACUGUGGCAUGUUUCAGUGUGUAUAUGUGUCUGUAGUAUUUCACAUUGAUUUGACGCGAACGGUAGCCUACCAAGGAUCAUGCCAGAGGCACGUAAAACGUUUUCACUGUAGCCUUUAUUUUCUGAAACUGGACUUUUGGACAACUGGGUCAAGAACGCUGUCAGUGUGGAAACUAUGUCCACGGAUGUCCUACUUCUGCUGCUACUUGUCUGGAUGGUCGGUGCUUCUGGCAGGUCAAUUGGUCCGAGGGGACACGUGCGCCAGACCUACAGCCAAAUCAGAUUCAAACGAGAAGUACCAUCGACUGUACAAGGACGUCAAAAAGUUAGCAGCCCUAUACUGAGAAGAAGUCCAGAUAUGACCAAAACCACCAUGACAAAGUCAGAGCAGCUCUUAAGCAUAAAUGACCACGACUUCACAAUGAGGCCUGGCUUUGGAGGACACACUGUUCAAGUUGGAGUUGAUGUUCAGGUAGAAAGUCUGGACACAAUUUCAGAAGUUGACAUGGACUUCACCAUGACCCUGUAUAUUAGGCACUACUGGAAAGAUGAGCGCCUUUCUUUCCACAGCACCACCAAUAAGAGCAUGACCUUCGACGGGCGCCUGGUCAAGAAGAUCUGGGUGCCUGACCUGUUCUUUGUCCACUCUAAGAAGUCUUUCACACACGACACCACCACAGAUAAUGUCAUGCUGAGAGUCUACCCUGAUGGCAAGGUGCUCUACAGCUUAAGGGUGACGGUGACAUCCAUGUGCAGUAUGGACCUGAGUCGCUUCCCUCUGGACACACAGACCUGCUCCCUGGAGAUCGAGAGCUAUGCGUACACGGAUGACGACCUGAUGCUCUACUGGAAGAAAGGGAACAAUUCCCUGAGUACUGACGAAAGGAUCUCCCUCUCCCAGUUCCUCAUCCAGGAGUUCCAUACCACCAGCAAAAAAUCAUUCUACAGCAGCACAGGCUGGUACAACCGUCUGUACAUCAACUUCACCCUGCGACGCCACAUCUUCUUCUUCCUGCUGCAGACCUACUUCCCUGCCACUCUGAUGGUCAUGUUGUCCUGGGUGUCCUUUUGGAUCGACCGCCGGGCCGUACCGGCCAGGGUUCCUCUGGGUAUCACCACGGUGCUCACCAUGUCCACCAUCAUCACUGGAGUCAACGCCUCCAUGCCCAGGGUUUCCUACAUCAAAGCUGUGGACAUUUACCUCUGGGUCAGUUUUGUGUUUGUGUUCUUAUCGGUGAUAGAGUACGCUGCAGUGAACUACCUGUCUACGGUGCAAGAACGGAAGGAAAGAAAGCUACGAGAAAGGCUGCCCUGCACCUGUGGCAUGACCCACCCAGGCAUGAUGGGUAGCUACAGCGAGGAUGAUGUCAACAACACUGGGAACUAUGGCGGUGAGUCGAUGGAGAACGGCGCUGCAAUGCAGCAAAGGAUGAUGGUCCAUCUGGACUUUGAGGAGAACGACCAGAUCACAGGACACGUGGGCUCCAGCGCUUACAGCAGCAUGUGGAUCGACACCCACGCCAUAGACAAGUAUUCCCGAGUCAUCUUCCCUGGGUCCUAUAUUCUGUUCAACAUCAUCUACUGGUCCUGCUACCUCUAACACUGCACAGAAUGGGAUGGAGGUAGACAUACCCACAGAACUAGAAUGAAUUAUAUUCAUUCUAAUGAGUUAUAUUAAUUAUAUUAUUUUUCUACGAAAAUACCCAGGGUGUAUGCACCUGGAAAGGAACCACAACUCUGACGAUGUGAUGAUGCAAAAUGCUAAACCAUGGUACCUGGAUUUCUGUACCUGAUAUAUAGAGGGCAUGUCAUGCACAGCACACAGACUCAAACACAGCAGUUAUUGUCAUUUUGAACACCUAUAUGUUGGGUGUUUUAUAUGUCCGGGGAAGUAAUGAGUUCAUGUAAUGAUUAAUAAGUAAUGGGCUGGCUUGUAUCCGUAGCUUAAAACUUCAUUGAGUUUUUAUCCACAUUGAGAAUUGCAAAACUGUCAUUUAGUUGAGUUGUCAUUGCCAAUAUAAACUCAGCAAAAAAUGAAACUUCCUCUCACUGUUAUUUUCAGCAAACUAAACAUAUGUAAAUAUUUCUAUGAACAUAAGAUUCAACAACUGAGACAUAAACUGAACAAGUUCCACAGACAUGUGACUAACAGAAAUGAAAUAAUGUGUCCGUGAACAAAGGGGGUGUAACGGCCGUUGGUGAAAGAAGGUGAGGACCGAAGCGCAGCGUGGUUCGUGUUUGUCAUUUAUUAAAUAGAACUGAACACUAAAUAUAAAGUAACAAAAAGAACAACCGAAACAGCUCCGUCAGGUGCAAACCAGAA